GCUUUUUUUACGUACCAUGUUGGUCGUACGGUAGAAGUAAUCCAAUCCCAACGUUCAGUUCAGCCUUGUAUCCAGAUCCAUCUGGCUCCGAACUGUCACGAGCUGAAAGCCCCUCGGCGCCACCCAGGAUAGCAUACCUAGACUCUCAGCCUAGGAAGAUCCAAUCAGACCCCUGCAACAGCCUCGGUCAACGACACGCGAGCUCGUACAAAAGCAUCAACCCCCCAUAUCAAGAGCCUUAUCUUCUUUUGUCAUCUCGAGCUCAAAAACUCACUACCUGUAUGCUUUGUCUCCGGACUGCACUCGCUCCAGCCCUUCGAAUUGGCUUGCGCCAUUGCCUUCAGGUUCCUGUAUUGAUCUGUUGCCAUCAAAGUUUACCGACCAGCAACUUCGCUAUCAAAAGGCGGCACCCUGUCUUAUCUCCUUCUGCCUCCGUCUCCGCUUUGCGAACGACCGUAACCAUGGCUUCACUUGGGAGCUACGCGAAGAAACACAAGGUCACGAUCAUUGGAUCGGGGAACUGGGGCUCUACCAUUGCCAAGAUUGUGGCCGAGAGCACAAGAGAACACAAGGAUGUUUUCGAAGAAGAUGUGCAGAUGUGGGUGUUUGAGGAGAAGGUUACAAUCCCAAAGGAUUCGCCAUACUACGAGAGCGAAGAGCCACAAAAGCUCACAGAGGUAAUCAACAAACACCACGAAAACGUCAAGUACCUCCCUGGUAUCAAACUGCCAUCCAACAUCAUUGCCAACCCCUCGCUCACCGACGCUGUCCGCGACUCAUCCGUCCUCGUCUUCAACUUGCCCCAUGAGUUCCUCGGCAAGGUUUGCCAGCAGCUCAAUGGUCACAUUGUACCAUUUGCCCGAGGAAUAUCUUGCAUCAAGGGCGUGGACGUGUCGGGCUCCGGCAUCAACCUGUUUUGCGAGGUCAUCGGCGAGAAAUUGGGCAUUUACUGUGGUGCACUCUCCGGAGCCAACGUGGCAUCUCAGAUUGCUGCAGAGGAAGGCGUCAGCGAGACCACUAUCGCCUACGACCCGCCGCCCAUUGACAGCAGCCGCGCGGCUACUCCCCGCGACCGCUCGCCUAACUACGAUUCCACCAGCGCAAACAAGCUUCCUGACUUGACCGUGACGUCGGCCGACUCCAACGGGAAAGAUGACAGGGGCCGCAGGACCAAGGCGAAACUGACUCCUGUACCUGAGUCGUAUCCGCCACUCGACCACGGGACAUUGCAAAUUCUCUUCGACCGUCCUUACUUUUCCGUUUCCAUGGUGUCUGACGUGGCUGGCGUGUCGCUCAGCGGUGCCUUGAAGAACAUCGUCGCCCUCGCUGCUGGAUUUGUCGACGGCAAGGGCUGGGGUUCCAACGUGCAGUCGGCAGUGAUUCGAGUUGGCCUGGCAGAAAUGCUCAAAUUCGCCCGCGAGUUCUUUGGGGAGUCGGUCGAUCCGUUCACGAUUCUGCUCGAAAGUGCCGGCGUGGCUGAUGUCAUCACAUCAUGCAUCAGUGGAAGAAAUUUCCGUUGCGCGAGCAUGGCAGUCAAGCGAGGUGUAUCCGUUGCUGAAAUCGAGGAAAAGGAACUUAAUGGACAGAAGUUGCAGGGAACCUCUACCGCCAAAGAAGUAAACAGCCUGUUGAAGGCACGUGGCAGGGAGGGCGACUAUCCCCUGUUCACCACUGUUAAUGAAAUUCUUGAAGGCAAGGCGAGAGUGGACGACCUUCCCAAGCUCGUCAUCCGACAAAAGCACACCAUCGAGAAAUCAGGCUAGUAAACAAGUUAUUCACAAAGACACCAUUACUACAGGCCAAACGCCUUAGUCUCCACGUUGUGUGGAGAAGCUGUUGUAGCCGAGGGGGGUUUUAAUGACUAGCAGUGCUCAUUGUGCCAGCGAUCUUGGAUCUACUUUCUGACUAGUUAGUUGUUAGACGUUAAUGCAGCAAUAGCGAAAUGUUGAUGAUAGAUUGCAGCCUGGAAUUGGGUUACUAUAUCUAGUUAAAUCGUGGCAUGUACAGAGAGGAUAUCGAAACAACCCAAACUUGGCGGAAAAGACAAUGCCCUCCAGCCACGCUCUUGGGCGCCCAGCUUCUAUCAAAAUGGCCUCUUGCCCCUCA